AUGCGUCCUUCUUCGUCAACAACCAGCAAAAGCUCAAUCGUCACGGUUUUGCGUUCGCUGAAUUGGCCAAAAGCAAUCUUUCUAGUUGGCAUCCCCUUGGCUGCGACGAUCAGUUUGUACUGGAUUCCUCUUCGUAAGGAAACAUUCUGGGUUGGACUUGUCUAUGCCUAUCUCCGCGCUCUUGCUGUCACCGCUGGCUACCACCGCCUCUGGGCACACAAGGCCUAUUCAGCCAGCACAACCCUCAAGCUGAUUUUUGCAAUCGUUGGCGCUGGCGCUGGCCAGGACUCUAUCAAGAAAUGGUGCCGUGAUCACCGAGCCCAUCAUCGCUACGUUGACACCGAUAAAGAUCCGUAUAGCAUGUCGAAGGGAUUCUUCCAUGCUCAUAUAGGUUGGGUUUUAUUUGAAGACAGUGACCCUGUUCACGGUGUCCUGGCUACUGGCCGCGUGGAUAUCAGUGACCUAAGAUCCGAUCCGAUCGUGAUCUGGCAGCGGAAGUACUAUUUGCUCCUGUUGUUCCUUGCAGGUUACCUUGCACCCACGCUAUACUGCGGUCUACUUUAUGAUGAUUACCUCGGUGGAUUCGUCUUUGCAGGCUGCAUAGCGACCGCCCUAGAACAACAGGGCACGUUCUGCGUGAAUUCGGUGGCUCACUGGUAUGGCUCUCAGCCUUACGCAACCGACAAAACUCCGAGGGACAAUCCCUUGACUGGCCUGCUGACCCUCGGAGAGGGUUAUCAUAAUUUUCACCAUGAGUUCCCGAUUGACUAUCGGAACGGAGUUCGCUGGCAUGACUUUGAUCCUACAAAAUGGGUCAUCUGGCUGUGUUCCCAGUUCGGGCUGGCGACUAAUCUCAGACGUUUCCCCCAGAACGAAAUUGAAAAGGGCAGAAUCCAGCGGAAAAGGGAAAAGUUGGAUGAGGAGAGUGAGAAGGUGAACUGGGGUGUGCCGCUUGAAGAGCUGCCGGUUAUGGAGUGGGAAGAAUUCCAGCAACAGGCAAGGACAGGAUGCAAUCUGAUUGUCAUCAGAGGAGCGGUGCACGAUGUUUCGGCGUUUGUGACAGAGCAUCCGGGAGGUGCAUCCAUGAUUACGGGUGCGAUAGGCAAAGAUGCAACGGAGAUGUUCGAAGGCGGGGUAUACGGCCAUUCGAACGCAGCUUCUAAUCUCCUCGACACUAUGAGGAUAGCUGCGAUCAAGAAGGAAGGUGAUGUGGAGUAG